AUGGACGUGGACGAGGACGAGCUCCCUGUUUCUCAAGCCGAUCUCGGACGGAGGAAAUCUGGAGACGCUAGUACGAAAAGAGUCAUUUUAACGGAAUCAAUGACUAGUAUGAGUGGAUUGAACUCUUCUGCUAUUCCUACUUCGCCUGCAUUUGAAUCUGUCGUCUGGCAAAGCAUGGUUCAGAAGGCCGCCUUGUCUGUAGUCUCAUUACGAUACGCGUGUGUCACGAAGUUUGAUACCGAAGAAGCUGGAACGUUUGUCGCGACAGGAUUUAUUGUUGAUGCUAAACGUGGUUUGAUUCUUACCAAUCGACAUGUUGUCUCCGCCACGAUCUUUACGGGAGAAGCCAUUCUUCACGACAAGGAAGAGGUCGAUGUGUUUGCAAUUUACCGAGAUCCCAUUCACGAUUUCGGCUUUUUGAAAUUCGACCCGAGUAAAAUCAAGUAUAUGCCACUUCAGGAGAUUCACUUGUCCCCUGAACGAGCAAAAGUUGGUUUAGAAGUUCGUGUAGUUGGUAACGACGCUGGAGAAACGCUUUCUGUACUCGCUGGAACCAUAUCUCGACUAGAUCGCAACAGAUAUGGGCAACGAACAUACAAUGAUUUCAAUACGUUUUACAUCCAAGGCGCAUUAGCAUUGUCGGGUGGGUCUUCUGGAUCGCCCGUAUUAGAUAUAGAUGGACACUGUGUUGCGCUCCAUGCUGGUGGCAAAUCCACAGCCAGUACAGAUUUCUUCUUGCCGCUGGAUCGAGUCACUAGAGCUUUAGACUGCCUUAGACGAGAUGCUCAUAUUGAUAGAGGAACGAUUCAGACGAUAUGGAUUCACCGGCCUUUCGAUGAGUGCAGAAGGCUGGGUCUGUCGCCAGAGUUGGAGUUUAAGAUCAGGUCCUUGUUUCCUGAUGAGACAGGAAUGUUGGUGGCAGAAACGAUAGUGCCUGAAGGUCCAGGAUCGCAGUUUUUGGAAGAGUCAGAUAUAUUAAUCUCUGUUGAUGAUGUCGUUAUUACUAAGUUCUUGCCUCUAGAGGUUGUUUUGGAUGAGAGAAUUGGUAAACAAAUCAAAAUGAAGAUUGAACGUGGUGGUAAAGAGUUUGAAUAUUUCAUAACGGUCCAAGAUCUGCAUUCAAUCACACCAGACCGAUUUGUUGAAAUUGGGUCGGCGGUGGUGAAUAAUCUAUCGUAUCAGCUGGCGUCACAGUAUAACGUGCCUUGUCGUGGUGUAUACGUCGCUCAUGCAAGUGGCAUGUUGUUAUUAGGCGGCUCUACAGAAGGAUGGAUUAUAUCACACGUAGACCACAAACCAACGCCGAAUCUGGACGUAUUCAUACAAGUUAUGCAAGAAAUUCCUGAUUAUGAACGUAUAGCCAUCACGUACUAUGACAUUGAAGAUGUCCAUAAGAUAAAUAUGGACAUUGUUGUGAAUGAGAGGCACUGGACUUCAUUUAAGAUGAUGGUUCGAAAUGAUGCUACAGGCUUUUGGGAUGUUGUGAAACUACCAGCAGCAUCACCACCGAGGCCCAUAAUUCCAAUGUCAACCACCUUUGCCCAGAUGGAGGAUUCGUUAGGAGCUUGCAGAGAUCUCUUUAAAUCGAUAUGUAAAGUGCAGUACUAUAUGCCCUUCAGCCUUGAUGGAGUGAACCGAAACUUUAUGACGGGCGCUGGAAUAGUAGUAGAUGCAGUAAGAGGCAUUGCCAUCGUUGGAAGGAAUGUCGUGCCAUUCGGAAUGGGUGAUAUCAUCAUCACAUUCGCUGAUUCUCUUAUAGUCCGUGGUAAACUCUUGUAUCUGGAUGAUGCACAUGGUGUCGCAUUCAUAUCAUAUGAUCCUAAACUGAUUGGAGAUACUCCAGUCAAGUCUGCUCCCAUGUCACCGGUAGAGAUCAGUCAAGGAUCUCCUAUCUCGCUCGUGGCUUUGAAUCAUAAUUUUAUGCCGACAUUUGUAAACACGUUUGUUACUGACAUUACUGCGUUGACUAUUCCUCAAAACCCUAUACCUCGUUAUCGUACCAUCAAUUUUGAUGCAGUUACCAUUGACACUCCUGUCGGUCGCCACUGCUCUUCGGGAGUUUUAGCUGAUACAGAAGGACGAGUACAAGCGAUUUGGCUCACGUUUCAAUCUACUACUACUGCUUCCGGCCGUAUAUCACAGUAUGAACUGGGCGUACGUGCUUCUUGUAUCCAGCCAGUUUUGGCCAAGCUACAACAACAUUCAACAUCGCCUAUACGUGGUUUCAGUGUUGAACUUACACCUGUUCAGAUGUCACGAGCCAGAGAUAUGGGGUUAAGUGAUGGCUGGGUCAAGAAAGUUGAAGAAGCCAAUCCAAAGAAACGUCAACUUUUCGUUGUUCGUCAAAUUGUGACUGGGAGCAAUACUUGCGAGACACUAAAGGAAUUGGAUUUAAUCUUGACCAUCAAUGGCAAGAUUUUGACUCGUAUAUCAGAGAUGGAUGUUUCUGCUAAUUGGGGUGAAUCUGUGGAAAUGGUGAUUGUCAGGGGUAAAAAAGAAAUGACAUUACGAGUCCAUACGGACGAGUUGCAUGGUUCAGGAACAAACCGCUGGGUCUCGUGGGCUGGUGCGACGUUACAGCCACCACAUCCGUCAGCUUGUCUUCAGUCUUCAACACUGCCGAGUCGCGUCUACGUCUCUGCCACUUCUCAAGGAAGUCCCGCUCGAAUGUAUGGCUUGCUUAGCACGUCAUGGAUUGUGUCUGUGAAUGAUAUGCCAACACCUAAUCUUGAUGAGUUUGUAAAAGUCAUCAUACUGGUCAAGGCCAAACUAGGAGAGACUGGAUAUUGUAGAGUCAAGACUAUCUCGUUUGAUUUGGUGCCAGCUGUUUUGAGCAUCAAGUUGAAUGAACGAUACUUUCCCAGUUGUGAAUUCGUCAAGGAUGAUUCAACAAACUCUGGAUGGCGGACAAACCCAUUGUAG